AUGUCAGACUUCAACCCCCUCACAAGCCCCGUGCUCAUCGCCCGAAAUUUGCUGUCUCCUGGAAGUCUCGCCACUCCCGAAGAUCUCAAUGAUGUCGAGGAUCAGUUGCCCGUCGGGCUCUUCAACCUGCCAAAUGAGCUUCUGAUUCCUGUAUUUCACGAACUCGGUACUCAUCUGACUCACAGGGAGAUCCGGAGUGCGCUCGAAGCGGGCAUGCCCACGGACGAUGGGGAUGGCGAUAGACCAUGGACUGCCUCACAGCGAUCGUUCGCUGAUUCUCGUCUCUGGUUUGGCAACACGUUCAGGGACACAAAGGCCCAGCCGGUGUUCUUCCCCUUCACCGCCACCCUCCUUUCCCGCAUCAUGAGCGUACCGCCGGAAAACCUGUUGCAACACUUGAUCACGGACCCCCACGCCGCAAGCAGCAGCCUGAAGAACAGCGAGUACAACAGCCGCUCCAUCGCUUUGACUGACGAUUACCGCGCCGAUCCUGCUCUGCGAAGACUCAUCACGGCUCUCCUCGACCUGAAGACUGGGGACUCCCAAGUCCUGCCGAAUCUCCAGAAGGUUUUCAUUUUCGGCUCCAAGGCGUCCAACCAGCAGUACACGGAAGCGAGGACUUCACCUCACCGGCUUCGACUGACCGGUCCCAUUGACUGGACCAGCCUCACCGGAGACCCUCUGGAGUUCCACUACAUUCCGCCCGUAGAUUGCAGCGUAGCGUGGCUGGACGACCUUCCGACUGAGAAACUGACCAUUCACACCCGUAGCGCCCAUCUCCCCAAAUUCCAGAAUGGGUACCCUUUUCCUGCCGGCAAAAGCAUCGUGCAUUGCUACCCCCCUGAACCGGAUACUAGUGUGCGCGGCCGAGAUCUCGAAGAUUACCUACGAGACAUGAACAGCUUCGGACAAGGCAUGGUCACGGACAAGGACAGUGUCAAGGGAUCAAGCUUUGUGCUUCAUUUGCCGAGAAGCGCGAGAGCCGAUGCAGUCUUCUGGAAGGAGCUGGAGAGCAAGAUGGAUACGACGAGGAAAAGGUUCAAGCGCAAGGGCUUCAACUUCGAGGUCUGGGACGUUGACGGUGGCCAUUAG